AUGGGAAAAAACUUAGAUAGGGAACUUCUGAGCAAGAAAGGAGCAUUUUCUUCUCUCUUUGCCAUCCAUAGCUCACGACGGAAUUUCUAUCCAGAAGAUGAGCACAAAACGAGUCGUGCAAGACGGUCUGAUCCUUACUUCAAGCCAACACUUCAGUGUGUGGUGUGCGGCGACGUCUCCAGUGGCAAGCAUUAUGGCGUUCUAGCUUGCAAUGGCUGCAGUGGAUUCUUCAAGCGCAGUGUGCGGAGGAAAUUAAUAUACAGGUGUCAGGCAGCUAGUGGAGAUUGUUUGGUGGACAAAGCUCACAGGAAUCAAUGCCAAGCUUGCAGGCUCAAGAAAUGCCUUGAAAGUGGUAUGAAUAAAGAUGCGGUACAAAACGAGCGACAACCAAGAAGUUCAGCUACUGUUAGGCUGGAAAGUACUAUUCCAUCCGCUAAGUCAUUGGAAGCCAUUGGUAGAGGCAUUAUCAGUGAUGGUCCAUCAAGAGAUAUAACUGUGGGUGUGUUUCAGCCAUUUCUUUCUCCAACAGAGAAUAGUUUGACACCUGAGCUACUAAAACCUAAUGUGUUUCAUUUCCUGAAGAACGAGAGCCAAGGAAAUAAUAAAAUGGAUGUCACUACCAUGAAUGAAGAAACGAUAAACCAUAUUCCAAGUUCAGAUGCUUCCAAACUUGCUUUUAUGGAUGACAGUGCAGGCGAUUUACCGUACGAAAUGAUGAACGAGCCCCUGUGCGAGACAUCAGCUCGUAUUCUUUUACUCACUGUACGAUGGGUUCGAAGUCUACCAUCAUUCUCAAGUUUAAGUUACGGCGACCAGGUAACUUUGCUGGAAGAGACCUGGUCAGAGUUGUUCUUGCUGAGUGCUAUCCAGUGGAGCAUGCCUUUAGAUGCAAAUCCGUUAUUUGCAUUAAAUGAAGCACUUUCUUCAAAUAAAUUGAGAAGUCGGCACAAAACCUAUUUGGAGGUUUUACAAAAGUCGUUUACUCGUUUCAAAGCAUUGAUGACAGAGUUUUCAGAAUUUGCUUGUUUGAAAGCAAUCGUCCUUUUCAAACCAGAUGCGAAACAGCUGAAAAAUCCACAUCAAGUAGAAAUGUUUCAGGAUCAUACUCAGUUGAUGCUAGCAAAUCACUUGAAAAUUCAGAACUGUGAUUAUACGUUCAGGUUUGGCCGUCUUCUUCUUCUUUUACCAACACUUCGGCAAGUUCCAGCAGAAGCAGUGGAAGCCAUUUUCUUCAGUAAAAUCAUCGGAGCAACGCCCAUGGGAAAACUUUUAUGUGAUAUGUUCAAAUGCAGAUAG